GUUAUGUGUUGGCGUCACCACAUACGAAAGCCUUAAUAGUAACACACAAAUUAUUUCUACCCAUCAUACAGUGAUAAUAUAUUCUCUUGUAGUUGCCCAUUAUUCUCAUUUCAGGUAUUGGCCUCUUCAGCUUUUUCCGAAAGAUUCAACGAUUAGCUAUGGCAGCUGAUUUGCAUGUGGCAAUCCUUCCAUGGUCUGCCUUUGGCCAUAUAAUGCCGUUUUUCCAAUUCUCCAUUGCAUUAGCCAAAGCUGGAGUUCACGUCUCGUUUGUAUCAACCCCAGGGAAUAUUCAGAGACUCCCUAAACUUUCACCAAGUUUAACACAUGUAAUAAACUUGGUGGAGCUUCCAAUGCCUACUCUGGAUGGUGAAUGUCGCUUGCCCGAAGGAGCUGAGGCCACAAUAGACAUCUCCUCCGAGAAGAUUCAGUACCUGAAAGUCGCCUAUGAUCUCUUGCAACAUCCCUUUAAGAAGUUUGUCGCUGAGAAAAGGCCCAAUUGGUUAGUCGUUGACUUUUGCCAUUACUGGGCUGCUGAUAUUGCUAAAGAAUUUGCUAUCCCACUCCUAUAUCUGUCUGUUUUCUCUGGGGCUAUGAGAGCCUUUAUAGGACCACCAGAAUAUUUAGACGGUGAUGGCCGAAAGAGAUUCAGAGCAACGCCAGAAAGUCUAACUUCACCACCAGAAUGGAUAACUUUCCCCUCUUCCGUAGCUUUUCGAAGCUAUGAGGCUCGCAACUUUUUUUCUGGCUUCUACGGUGAGAAUGCAUCGGGCGUAAGUGACGCUGAACGGAUUGCUAAGACAAUGUCAGCUUGCCAAGCUGCGGUUGUCCGUAGCUGCACUGAAUUUGAAGGCGAGUACCUGAAAAUAUUUGAGAAAAUUCUUGGGAAGCCAGUGAUUCCACUAGGUUUGCUCCCUCCAGAAAAACCUGAAAAAAUAGAAAUCACUGAUGGAACCUGGAGGAAGACCUUUGAAUGGCUUGAUAAUCAAGAACACAAAUCAGUUGUGUUUGUUGGGUUCGGCAGCGAGUGUAAACUUACCAAAGAUCAAGUCUACGAGAUAGCAUAUGGGCUGGAGCUUUCCGAAUUGCCAUUUCUGUGGGCACUUAGAAAACCUAGCUGGGCUAUCGAAGAUUUUAUUCUGCCUCCAGGAUUCAGUGACAGGACAUCCAAGAAAGGAAUUGUCUGCAUAGGAUGGGCACCUCAGCAAGAAAUUCUAGCACAUCCAUCAAUAGGGGGAUCAUUGUUUCACUCUGGGUGGGGUUCAAUCAUAGAAACUCUGCAGCAUGGGCUUUGUCUAAUUGCUCUGCCCUUCAUUAUUGACCAAGGGGUCAAUGCCAGGUUACUGGUAGAGAAAGGUUUGGCCGUGGAGGUGGACAGGAAGGACGAUGGAUCAUUUACUAGAAAUGAUAUUGAUAGAUCUCUGAGACUAGCUAUGGUUUCAGAAGAAGGGAAGCAGUUGAGGCAUCAAGCAAAAAUAGCUGCUGCCAUUUUUGGGGAUAGGAAGCUGCAUCAGAACUACAUCACUAGGUUUGUUGAGUAUCUGAGGAAUGGAGUUUGAAAGGUAGACGCAAGGAUGAUGCCCCUCCUUCUGUGGGUGUAGAUGUUAUAAGUAAAAAUAUAUGGUCUUUCGUGGUCAAUAAAAGCUAUAUAUGCCGUCCACCCACGGAUGUAAUUCCUGUAUCAUCUCUGUGUCACACACGGUGCUAAUCGAUGCUUCUGAAAGUUUUGAAAGUCCGUAUUGGAUGGAGAUACCGCUUAAAAGGAUUUGGCUACCACCCUAUUUAUAGAGAUCCACUGUAAUGAAAAAUUUGGAAAAUCAUGAAGACAGAUGAGUUACAACUCUCAAUAAAACUUGCUGUUUUUGUUUU